AUGUCCAGGACAGACGAAUUCUCGGUGGAAAUCAUCGACCCCGGGGAGGUGGUGUACGUGGACUCGCGCCUAGACGGGGUGGUGGGCCGAGCGGUGAUUCUGGAGUGCGGAGCCACCUUACCUGACGUCUACAUCUGGGGCUUCACUAAGCCAGGGACAGACGCCAUACGAGCUGUAGUCUACGACUUUGGGAAAGGCCCCAAGCUCCAGCAGCUGGCACAGACUCUGGGAGACUUGCAGGUCAUCUCGAAAAGUGCCUCAGUAAGCAUUGAGAACCUCCAACUGGCUGCUCGUGGACUGUACACCUGCCAGGCCUUGUAUGACACACCGCAGGGAGCCAAACUCUACUACUACUACACACAUCUGUUUGUCCUGGUUCCGGUCACCAAGCCCUACAUUCUGGUGAGUGAUGCGUCUCCGGUGGAAGGAUUCUCCGCGUGGCUGCGCUGCGGCCUGGAGAACGGGACCUCGCCCAUUUACUAUGAGUUUGAGCAAGAGACUCACAAUGGAUUUCUCAAGACCUUUGGCCAGGGAAACAGCAGCCGGAUCAACAUGACAGAGAUCAACCGCAACCACACUGGCUGGUACCGGUGUAGCGCCCGCAAUGCGGUCAACCAACAACGAUCUGAUCGCAUCUGGUUAGACAUCAUCUACGGUCCUGACAUCCCUCAGAUAGACGUGACUCCGUACAGCGUGACCGAGCGUGGCUACUCUGCCCUGGAAAGAGAGACGGUCUCCCUGCUCUGUCAGUCCCAGUCCAACCCGCCCAGCCAGUACGUCUGGUUCUACAACAACUCCCAGGUCUACACCGGACCCCAGUUCACCAUCACCAGGAUCCUGCGCAUGCACACCGGCAUCUACGCCUGCCUGGCCCAGAACACUUACCUCAACACCCGUGCACGGAAGACAAUCACUCUGACCGUCUACUACCCUCCCGAUGGUUCCCCUUCCUGCGUCGUGCAGCCAGCGCUCAACUACUCCUCCCUAAGCCUGCAGUGUACCUGGCCAGGGGGCCUGCCACCACCCUCCCUUCGAUGGAGCCCUGGCCUAUUGGCCCUUGGACAGGAAGGGGCGGUCCUGGGGGAGGAAGGGGCAGUGCUGACCAACAACGUCACCAUGUUGCAAUCCGGAGCUACAACCUUCAACAACUCCCUGUUCACCUGCCAAGGCUCCCACCUGGCCCUUAAUCAAAGCACACACUGCACAAUACGGACCUUGUGUUUUGCAUACGCAACACGUGACAACCAGCAGCUGAUGCUCUCCUGCUCCUGGGUGGGCGGAGCUCCCCGGGCUCUGCUCUGGUGGGAGGGACCAGGGGGCCAGCAGCACGGAGGAGGGGAGGAGAACGCCAACAUUCUGGUUCUCCGCUCUGGCUCCGCCCAGAGUGGGCAGGCCUACACCUGCCAUGGGAAACAUCCACUCCACCCCCUGCCCCAGCCCUGCACCCUGAAGCUGGAAGCUCCAGUGUUGCUGACCCAGAGGAGCAUGGUGUCUGUGUAUGAGGGCAGUGACGUCGAGCUCACCUGCAUCCUGACGGCCAACUACCUUCCAGCCAGUGACAUCACCUGGUUCAACAACCGUAGACAGGAAGUCCGGAACGUUCCUCAAAAGUACUUGAUGCAGCGAGGGGCAGCCUGGGCCAAUCUGACGGUGCGGGAGACCGACGGUUUCCAAGACAGCGGCCAAUACUGGUGUUCCGCAUCCAAUGCCGUGGGAGGGGCGGAGAUCCCGAUCACAUUAUUGGUCAAGAGAUACCCCAUGCCUCCGAACGUGACCCUGGUCAGACUGGUGUACAGCACUCCCCAGCGCAGAGCAUAG